CAAUCCAGCCCUGGUUCCUAGCAAGACUCAGCCACGCUUCCUCAGGAAACAUUCUUCUCCUCUUCAUCUUACAAUAGAAUAGUGUGUUUGAUUCAGACGAUUUUCUGCACCUCGCAUUAGUACCCACAGAACUUGGCAGAGGACCAAGCGGCUCCUUCCAAUCUCUUGGAGACUUCCGAAGAGCCCAGAUGGAGGAGCAAGACUCAGCUGGCCCUGAAGCAGGAAGAGGUCAUGCCAAGGAAACGGGGAGCAGUGGGGGAUUCUGGGAAAACUCUGUGAAGAAGGAACUGGGUGAGGAGGACACCCUCUGCUCAGAGGUGCAGAGCCAGCAGUUGAGGCAGUUCUGCUGCCAGGAGGCCAAAGGACCCCGAGAGGUUUGCAGCCAACUCUACCACCUUGACCAUCAGUGGCUGAAGCCAGAAAGGCACACGAAAGCUGAGAUGUUGGACCUGGUGAUCUUGGAGCAGUUCCUGGCUGUCCUUCCUCUGGAGAUGGAGAACUGGGUGAGGGAAUGCGGAGCGGAGACCACUUCCCAGGCGGUGGCCCUGGCCGAAGGUUUCCUCCUGAGUCAGGCAGAGGAGAGGAAGCAGGCAGAGCAGCAGAGGAAGGAUCUUUUGGCAGAAAUGGGUCUUGAUUCUUCUGAGGCAGAGAAGACUCCGCUGGACGCCAGAGUGAGGCCUCUGGGUGACGGAAUGAUGCCACCAAGACCUGCUCCUUCAUCUUUUCAUGGUGGUGGAGGGGAGGCAGCAGCUGUGGACCCAGAUCAGGGUCCAGUGUGCUUUGAAGAUGUGGCUGUCCAUUUCACAGACGAGGAGUGGGCGUUGCUGGAUCCUGACCAGAGAGCUCUCCAUAAGGAAGUCAUGGAGGAGAAUCGUGGGAUCUUGGACUCUCUCGUUUCAGGUGGUGAUGAAUUGGAAAUGAAGAACAAGGGAGACCACAACGAAAUCCACACAGUGGAGGAGCCAUAUCAGGAUUCAGACUGUGGAGAGGGCUUCAGUCAGAGCUCCCAUUCCACUUCCCAUCAAAGAAAUCCCCUUGAGAAGAAACCCUAUCAGUGCUUGGAAUGUGGAAAGAGCUUCACCUGGAAACAGAGUUUGGCUGCCCAUCAAAGAAUUCAUACAAAAGAGAAACCCUAUCACUGCUUGGAGUGUGGAAAGAGCUUCAGUCACAGCCACAAUCUCACUUCCCAUCGUAGAAUUCAUACAGGGGAGAAACCAUAUCACUGCGUGGAAUGUGGAAAGAGCUUCAGUCAGGGCUCCCAUCUCACUGCACAUCAAAGGAUUCAUACAGGGGAGAAACCCUAUCAGUGCUUGGAAUGCGGAAAGAGCUUCAAUCAGAGGGCUAAGCUCACUUCCCAUCAAAGGAUUCAUACAGGGGAGAAACCCUAUCAGUGCUUGGAAUGUGGAAAGAGCUUCAAUCAGAGGGCCAAGCUCACUUCCCAUCAAAGGAUUCAUACAGGGGAGAAACCCUAUCAGUGCUUGGAAUGUGGAAAGAGCUUCACUCGGAGUGCCCAUUUCACUUCCCAUCAAAGGAUUCAUACAGGCGAGAAACCCUAUCAGUGCUUGGAAUGUGGAAAGAGCUUCAAUCAGAGGGCCCAUCUCACUUCCCAUCAUAGAAUUCAUACAGGGGAGAAACCCUAUCAGUGCGUGGAAUGUGGAAAGAGCUUCAGUCAAAAAAGCAGUUUCACUUCCCAUCAAAGAAUUCAUACAGGGGAGAAACCGUAUCACUGCUUAGAGUGUGGAAAGAGCUUCACCAGGAAAGAAAGUCUAACUGUCCAUCAAAGAAAUCAUAAAGGGGAGAAACCGUAUCAGUGCGCGGAAUGUGGAAAGAGAUUUACCUGGAAAUUAGGUUUCACUUCCCAUCAAAGAAUUCAUACAAAAGAGAAACCCUAUCACUGCUUUGCGUGUGGAAAGAGCUUCAGUCACAGCUAUACUCUCAUUUCCCAUUGUAGAAUUCAUACAAGGAAUAAACCCUAUCAGUGUGUGGAAUGUGGAAAGAGCUUCAGCAAAAAAAGCAGUUUCACUUCCCAUCGUAGAAUUCAUACAGGGGAAAAACCCUAUCAGUGUGUGGAAUGUGGAAAGAGCUUCAGCAAAAAAAGCAGUUUCACUUCCCAUCGUAGAAUUCAUACAGGGGAAAAACCCUAUCAGUGUGUGGAAUGUGGAAAGAGCUUCUAUCUGAGGGCCCAUCUCACUUCCCAUCAAAGGAUCCAUACAGGGGGGAAACCCUAUCAGUGCUUGGAAUGUGGAAAGAGCUUCAGUCAAAAAAGCAGUUUCACUUCCCAUCAAAGAAUUCAUACAGGGGAAAAACCCUAUCAGUGUGUGGAAUGUGGAAAGAGCUUCAAUCAGAGGGCCAAGCUCACUUCCCAUCAAAGGAUUCAUACAGGGGAGAAACCCUAUCAGUGCUUGGAAUGUGGAAAGUGCUUCACCAGGAAAGAAAGUCUCACUGUCCAUGAAAGAAUUCAUAAAGGGGAGAAACCAUAUCACUGCUUUGCGUGUGGAAAGAGCUUCAGUCACAGCUAUAGUCUGACUUCCCAUCGUAGAAUUCAUACAGGGGAGAAACCCUAUCAGUGCAUGGAAUGUGGAAGGAGCUUCAGUCAGAGGGCCAAGCUCAUUUCCCAUCAAAGGAUUCAUACAGGGGAGAAACCGUAUCAGUGCGUGGAAUGUGGAAAGAGUUUCAGUCACAGCUACGAUCUCACUUCCCAUCAAAGAAUUCAUACAGGGGAGAAACCCUAUCAGUGUGUGGAAUGUGGAAAGAGCUUCAGUCAGAGGGCCAAGCUCAUUUCCCAUCAAAGAAUUCAUACAGGGGAUAACCCUUAUCAGUGCAUGGAAUGUGGAAAGAGUUUCCAUCACAGCUACGAUCUCACUUCCCAUCAAAGAAUUCAUACAGGGGAGAAACCCUAUCAGUGCUUGGAGUGUGGAAAGAGCUUCAGCUGGAAACAGAGUUUUGCUUUCCAUAAAAAAGUCCAUACAGGAGAGAAACCAUAUCAGUGCUUGGAAUGUGGAAAGAGAUUCAUUAACAGCUCCACACUCACUUCCCAUCAAAGAAUUCAUACAGGGGAGAAACCUUUCAAGUGCUUGGAAUGUGGAAAGAGCUUCACCUGGAAAAUAAGUUUCACUUCCCAUCAAAGAAUUCAUACAGGAGAAAACCCCUUUCAGUGCCUGGAAUGUGGAAAGAGCUUCACCAGGAAGGUAGGUCUCAAUGCCCAUCAAAAAUUACACACAGCAGAGGAGUCAGAUCAGUGUUAGGAAUGUGGAAAGAGCUUCAGAGAAAAAGGAAAUCUCAUUUCAUAAAAGAAUACAUACAGGAUAGGAAUCAUAUCAGUGCCAAGUGUGUGAUUGGAAGGAGUUUUGAAAGUCUGGUCUCAUUUUUAAAGCUCUUUAAAAAAAAUGGACCUUUUAGAAAGACUGAGAGCUGGCUGAAAAAGCCAAAGUCAGGACACUUUUGGACAAGUUUGUUUCUUUUUGAAGGAAAAUAUUUCUUCUACUCUGAGCCCCUUAAGAGAAUUGGAUUCCUGCCAGUCAACCACUCUUACCUGGACAUCUGAUUUGCUAUGUCUUCUUGGACACUUUCUUUCUUUUUUAUGGUUCAUCUCUUAAAGUAAUUAUUUGGUU